UGGGGUUGAGUUGACAGUUGUUGUUUUUUCUACAGUGGCGCCGACUUCCGGUUGAAGCAUGGAGCAAAUAGAAUAGAAGAAAGUGGAAACGGGGCUGAUUUCAUCUCUUCUGGACCGAUCUUCCGAUACUGAUGGCUUCCACUGAGGGUCUGGUGCCCAUAACUAGGGCUUUUCUCGCCUCCUAUUACGACAAACACCCUUUUACUCCUCUUUCUCCUGAUGUCACUCGACUUUCUUCUCAGAUUCGUUCAAUGGCUAAUGAUUUUCUCACUCAACAUCCUCCUACCCAAGGAGAAGGCGUCUUAAUUGAUGAAGCUGACCAGCUACCUCCGCAUAAAAUUGAUGAGAACAUGUGGAAGAACCGAGAGUAUAUUGAAGAAACAAUUUUUUUACUUGAAAGUUCUAAUUGGCCAGAAGUGCUGAAGCAGCAGUCCGCACCUGACUGUGCUGAGUUUGCCCUUACAUUUGGGCAGCUGAAAGAUAAACUUCAUAAUACAUUGAAGGCUUUAGAAUCUUUCCAAAUUAAAAAUGCUGAACAUGUAUUUAACACAGUUAUGACAUAUUUGCCUCAAGAUUUUCGAGGAACACUGCUAAGACAACAACGGGAACGCUCAGAGAGGAAUAAGCAAGCAGAGGUUGAUACUUUGGUAAAUUCUGGUGGUAGCAUACGUGACCGAUAUGCUUUACUGUGGAAACAACAAAUGGACAGGAGAAGGCAAUUAGCCCAACUUGGGUCUGCAACAGGAGUCUAUAAAACACUUGUGAAGUAUCUUGUUGGGGUACCUCAGGUAUUACUUGAUUUUACUCGCCAGAUAAAUGAUGACGAUGGGCCCAUGGAGGAACAACGACAUCGUUAUGGACCACCCUUGUACAGCCUCACCUCUAUGAUUCUUUAUGUUCGACUCUUCCUUUCAAUAUCGUGGGCACGAUAUGAUACUAAGAAGUUGAAGAGGGAAGAGAUUGCUAUCUUGGAACAAGCUAUUGAUGUCUACACCACAGAGUUGGAAAGGUUUUUGACAUUUAUCGGCGAGGUCUUUGCAAAUGCGCCAUUCUUCAUUUCAGCAGAUGUUGUUGGUGCAUUGGAAGCAGGAAAAAAUGAUGACUACAAAGAGAUCAAUAUUCCAGCUGGGAAAACUUAUGAGGUUUUGCUCUCUGUUGAUGUUGUAAACUCAUACAUUGCAUGGGACUUUUCAUUGGUACAAGGCAAAAUAAAUAUGGUAUCGCUGUUGUGCUGCUAUACCUUGAUUUCAAAAUGUUAUGAUAUUUUCCAGACACCCUAUGUAAUGAUCUUUCUAUUGUUUAUUUGUCAGGAUAUUGGAUUUAGUUUGGAGUUUGUAAGUCCUACUGGGGAAAAAACACUGAUGUUACCGUCCCGCCGAUAUGAGUCUGACCAAGGAAACUUCUGCACGUUAAUGGCUGGAAGCUAUAAACUAAUUUGGGACAACACGUAUUCAACCUUUUUUAAAAAGGUUAUACGGUACAAGAUAGAUUGUAUACCUCCUGUGACAGAGCCAGUGCAGUCCGACUCAAGCAAGAAUGCAGGAGAAGUUGAGGCAGGAUAGCUGAUUCGUUUUCUAUUAAUUUUAAUCUUAAGAAGAAAAUGUUCCAAUUACACAUGUCAAGAUUGAUAUACACCCUAUUUAUUUGUGAAGGGAAGAGGAAAGGAACUGAGAAAAAUUUAUCCUCUGUAUAAAAUUGUCAUAUGCACUUAGUUAUUCUGUGUGGUUGAAGGUUUGUAGCCUGUAGCACGCUGUGAUUGUGCUAAAUGGGCCCAAGUAACCCUUCUGUGAAGUAAUGUAUAUUUUACAUUUAUUCCAGUAACAUCAUCACCAUGGAACCCUAAGUGGUGAUAGGUUAGAAUCAACUGGUUAUGGUUUCAAGUUCAAACUGUUAAUUACAUUUUUGCCACCCGAUUUGGCGAGUUUA